AUGAAUCCCGUGCAAGCUUACGAAGCCACAAAUCUGAAUUCCAAGUUCACGCCUUUCCGCCUCAGACUAUCAAAUGGAGCACAAGUCUCGGGCAUCGCAUACAUACCUUCAUUGGCCAGCGAUGGAACGGAGAUAGGGAGGCCGCUGCUUGUUGGCAUUCAUGGUGGAACAUGUUCGGCGUACAAUUACGAUGCGUCGAGCGACUGCACGGCCUCGGUCCACGCAGACCUCUUCGCCUUGCCGUUCGUUGCUAUCAACAGGCCCAAUUAUCUGGACUCCAGCGGCUGGGUUGUCGACAGAAAGUUGACUGAACCAUAUGAUCCUAAAUGGAAGCCCACACCUGGUCGCGCAUACUUCGAAGAAGAAGCGCAUUGGUUCCAUGAUUUGAUCUUCCCGGCAAUCUGGAAAGACUUCGGCGCCUCAAACGGUUGCACAUCGAUCGUCACGACAGCUCAUUCGAUUGGAGUCGUCCCUUCUAUCAUUGCUGCGGGAAUGUAUGCCGAGCAGGCUCCUGAUGAAAGGCAGUAUCUCUGGUCGGGAAUGAUUCUCUCUGGACUUGCUCCGGAGAGCACGGGAGAGAGUCAGAAGCUUUUCACUAUGACUGGUGAUGACGGACAGUGUGACCUGGGCUAUCUGUCGAAAUCAUUGAAACCGACAUCCAUGCUCAACCAAUGCCUCCAGCUGGAAAAGCGAAACUGA